ACCACUGGAAAUUGGAAUCCAUGAUGAGGUGGCUCUAUUGGCAUGUGCCUGCAAAGUUGAGUCUGGGAUUUCUGUGUCUCUUUCUCGUUUGGAACAUAGCUUCAUGCAUAAGAAGAGAAAACAAGAGAGAGAAGCAAGCAGCAGUUCUGGCUACUGCAGAGUUGCCUGCAAAAUCCGUGGAUCUGGCUGCUGUUAACCUGACCGAGCUGGUGAAUGGGAUGCUGAGCACGACACUCAGAGGUACCAAAAAGCUCUUCUCUUUGCUGAGUGUCACGUCCUACAGCUCGUUUGCCUUCCACAAAGUGUCAGUCACCAUUUAUAACAUUUCUAGCCUGAAAAAUGUUGACCCUGGCAAGUUCCCUAUGCAUUACUGCUAUUGUUUAAGCAACGUGACAAAUGACUUGACAGAUUUCACUGCUUUACUUGUUGAUAUUAUUGGAAACUCAACCAGUUAUCUCACAGAAAUUUUCAAAUCUACCUCUAUUCUCUCAGUGCGUCAGAGCAAUGAUUCAGACUGUAUCUACAUCUGUGUGAUGACAGGUCAAACAGGGAGAAAUCUGUCUGACUUUUGGGAAAUACUAGAGAAAUCUCCUGUUAUUAAUUACACAUUUUCCAGUAACACAUCUUCUGACCUGGAUUUAGAUUCUGUUUUUUCAAGUUUCAUGAAAUCACAGGAAGACUCAAACAAAACUGUGGAUCCAUCAGGAGAACAUCCACAGACAUUUAAAAGUACCAGCACUCCUGUUGCCCUGAAAAGAGAGGACAGUCCCAACACGACGCCCCCACCAUGGACAAAGAUGAUUAGUGUGAAGGCCUCAGGGUUUCCACCACUGCAUGUAGACACUUCAAGAUCACGAGGCACAGCUGAAGUCCCUCCUGCUUCUGAGGGCACCUUAGUCACAUCACCAGUCUUGCAGCCCAGCCCUGCUGAUGCGAACGUGCUUUGGGUGCAGACUGUGCCUCCUCAAGAUGCCAGUCAUAUACAAACAGAGCAAGAUUUGCCUUCUUCAGUUCUGUCUUCUCCGCCCUACCGACCUGGCCUGAUACUGAAACUUCAUUCAGCUGCUCGGUGCCCACAGGCAAUCCUCAAAGACGCGUAUCUGACCUCACCUCCUGUCACCAUCGUGCUGCAGAAGAUCAAUCCCUGUCUGAUGGAGCUCUGCAGGUUUUUUCAGUUGUGCCUCUGCGUUGGCCAAAGAAAACAUUCCAUAAAGAAUACCAUGAGGUACUGUGUUGAAUACUAUUCCUGGUUUUUGAAAAAUGCAAGUUAUGUCUGUGAAAGAGUCAAAAGAGUUGCUUCCUCCCACACACUAAAACAGAAAUGCCUUAGGAACAUCUGUAAAUCAAUCUAGAGCAUUGAGGAAUUUUACUGCAGUUUGGGGAAUGGUGGCAGUUUUAGUAGUCUUUUUCACUUCAGUGUAAUAAAAAUCAGAUUGACAUAGAUUAUUUGCAAAUAUGUGUA